CACUUGUCGCCGUUGUUAUCUGCCGUUUCAUCGAGCGUAUCGUUUCGUGUUCAGCUUUUCCCCCAGUCGUGUGUCGCGCGCGCUUUUUCAACCGGUUUCUCUCCUAAACCGGUAAGCACGCGCGGUCUGUGUGCCAUAGUUUUCUUCGUGUAUACGCAGUUUCGUUUCGCAUUGCGCGACUAACCUACAUUGCACUACACGCACACGGACAUGUUGAAUUACGCGAAGUUCAGAUGUGCCUAUGGGUCACUCAGUGAGAAAGAGCGUGUUGUCGUCCGCGCAAGGGCAAUCGAAACGGGAUGAAAUUGUUACGCGAGUAAUGUUAGACGUGUAUGCAGUUAGCCGAGGAAUGCAGUUGCAGCCCAGUGUAUUUUAGGAUCGUCUUGGGCCGCAGGCAGAAUUAUGGUGCAGGUGACAAAUUUCGCCUGGUUCUUGCGACGACCUUAAGAGAGGACGGUUAUCCCGAUGUAGGGGAGUGGAACGCAACGGAACAGGAAGGCGGUUCCAGAGCAGACAGUUUCGAAUACGUGAUGUCCGGCAUGGUUUAUCGAAUUGAAGGCGACGAGGCAAACAACGAACCUAGCAGCAGACUAGCGGCCUACGAGUCUGACUUAUGACUGGCU